AUGUCGACCAGUGAUUUAUUCGACGAUGUGUUGAUUCAUAUGAGUUUGCUGAUGGACUACAUCAGUUACGUUUACAAUGCUUUCUUGAGCAUUCUAUUCCUUAAAUUCCUACAUCAAGAACCACUUCAAGUUCACACACCCACCGAGACCUACCAUCCAGCUGUACUCAUAACCGGUACCUCCAGUGGCAUCGGUCGUAAUACCGCUCUCGAAUUGGCCAAUCGUGGAUACACCGUGUUCGCAACCGUUCGCAAGGAGGAUGAUGCCAAUGAAUUGAAAGAAAUCUUCAAGGGAUAUGAAAAUUCCAAACAAGGCAGCCUGAUUCCUAUCCUUAUGGAUGUCACCAAAAAACAAGACAUUCAAGAUGCCCACAAAAUCGUGAGGGAAAAAAUUGGGCGAGAAAUCCCGUUCGUGGGCUUGAUAAACAAUGCCGCGUUAGCUAUGCACUUGCCCCUCGAGAUAGCAUCCGAGGAAUUUUUGAUGGAUAGUUUCAGCACCAAUUUUUUCGGAGUCAUCAACCUAACAAAAAAAUUUUUACCAUUGUUGAGAGAGAGUCGUGGACGAGUCAUUAACAUUGGAAGUGUUGGGGCUUGGGAAACAUUGCCGUCAAUGGGUGUAUAUGAUUCCACAAAGGCCGCAUUAAGGACGAUGACAAGGGCUUGGAGGUUGGAAUCGAGACCGAAUGGCGUGCAUUUUUCUCUAAUUGAACCAGGCAAGAAAAGAAUCCUAUUUAACAAAAAGACAAUCAUGACAAGAAUCAUCAAGACUCCUCUAACCGAACGGGCGGUAGAAAACUAUCGUAAUUUCACAUCCUUUCCCUCAAAUUCAUCUUACCACGAUCUUCGUCACAGCAUCACCUCCAGUGUAAUUGGAUCCUAUGAGAACAUGUAUCGGAUGGUGGGCAAAUGGUGCACGAAUUCCCUCUUCAAAGGUUCUCCACCGGAUGUUGUGACUGAUGCUAUUGUACACGCAUUGAGUGCUCAAUAUCCAAAGAAUACUUAUUAUGUGGGCUUUGAUGCUCGGAUGGCCUCAACAUUGAAUUGGUUGGUGGGAGAUAGAAUCAUUGAAGUUGUGCUGGCUAAAGCUUUGACUCCGUCGGAGAAUAUUCAUAUGUAG